AUGGAUCUUGGAGACACUAUCACAAAGCACGUCAAACCGCUUUCUUUGACUACAAUUGCAGCAGCAGCUACUGUUGUAAGCAUCCUCGGAUAUAGCUAUUCCCGUUCAUCCAAAAAGACAACAGCCGGCGAGUAUAGAGAGAUACCGCUCGCUAAAGGAUGGAUUCCAUACUUUGGACAUUUAUGGACCUAUGUAUUCAGUGGUGAUAUCGUGGCCAUGGCAAUGGCACGAAGAAACGUUGAUAUGGGACCCAUCCUUCGCUUUUAUAUGGGACCCAAGCCAUGGAUUGUUAUUUCGGAUCCUGAUAUGGUGCAUGAGCUAUUGAAUGUGCAUGGUGUAUCAACAUCACAUAGGCCAAAGCAUUCGUAUGGAACAAGGUUGCAGUCUCAAGACCAUGGUUUGACCUUUAUCGAUCCUGGGAGUCGAUGGAAAAAAGUGCGAGCUGCCUUCACCCAGUAUCUCUCAACCAAAAGUGAAUCCAACCACCUUGAUGAUAUCAUUAGCAAGGAAGCGGAUUGCCUUGUCGAUCGACUUUUAUCCAACAAGGAGCAGGCGGCGGGUGUUCUCAAGGAAAUCCAAUGGUCGGCAUUGAAUGUCAAUCUUAUGCUUGGUUUCGGUUACCGGAUUGAUGAUCCAGACGAUCCUUUUUUUGAACAAUUGAUCGAUUUGAUCAAUAUGAGCGUUCAAAAUGCCGACCCUACCUUUGAUCGACGCGAGUUCCUACCCUUCAUCAUGAGUAUUUUUGAUUGGUGGCAUCAAACAUCCGAGAAAUUUACUUGGUACAUGACCAAAGUACGAGCGCCAAUCAUGCAAAAGUUGAUCGACCAUGGAUUAAAAGGUGAUACGGAUUGCAUGGCCAAAAAGAUACAUGCAAUGAAGGAUAGCAAGGAUGUGGAUGAUGAGACUGUUAUAAGCUCUUGUUUUGACCUGGUCGUUGCAGGAACCGAUCCAACAGCUAUCACACUCGCAUGGGCCAUGGUCCUCCUAUGUAACCACCCCGAGGACCAAAAGCGGCUACAAGCCGAGAUUGAUGCAUUUACAAGUGUCCAUAAACGCAUCCCAACGUUUGACGAACAUACCCAAUUCCCACUUUUGAUGUCCACAUUGAAAGAGUGUAUCCGUAUACGAGCCAUUGCUCCACUUGGAUUAUCUCGUCUCGCAAUUUCUGAUGUGGUAUGUCGGGGAUAUUUGAUCCCCAAGGAUACGGUGAUUUGUGGCAAUCUAUAUGCCAUACACCAUGAUCCCGAAAGGUAUCCUAAUCCAGAUCGCUUUGUGGCUGAUCGUUUUUUGGAAAAACCUCGUACCAUGUCAACGUUGAGUAAAGCAAGAGUAAGCGAACGUGACCAAUUUCUUUUUGGUUGGGGCAGACGCGUAUGCCCAGGGAUUCAUGUUGCAGAAAGCGAGAUGUUCAACAUCCUAGUUCGUUUAUUGGCACAAGCAACCAUCGAGCCUAUGCUGGACAAGAACAACAAACCCACCUAUCCAGACAUGAACGCACUCAUCAAUGCUCAUGUUGUUAUCAUUCCAGCGGAGGAUAAGAUGCGAUUCGUGAAGCGUAAAAACCCAUUGAACCCCUAA